CGUCGUUAUUCUCUUCGGAUUCUGGGGAGGGCGCGCGCAAAGCAAACCUCAAACGCCAAACGCAACACCCGCCAGCAGGCCACCUGUGAGCAGCGAUGAGCUCGUCGACGCCCGGCCGCGACGACGACGCGCCGGACCUCGUCUGCCAGAUCGACUGCGUCCACGGCAUGGUGGACGCGCUCUCCUCGGUCCGCUGGAAGCGCCACCAGGACGCGGUGAUGGAGCUGUCGGAGCACGGGAUCGUUCUCUCCGUAGAGGAGAGCGGUUGUCUCCAGGCCAAGGUCUUCCUCAAGCGCGAGCUGUUCGUAGAGUACGACUAUGCGGGGGACGGGAGGCAGCGGUUCGGCCUCAGCCUGGGUCUCUUCGUCGACUGCCUCAACAUCUUCUCAUCGCCAGGCCACGCGUCCGCCGUCGAGAUCCGUUACCCUGGCCCCGACAUGCAGCUUCUCCUCAAGUCUGUGGGCUCUGCUGAUGCAUGCCUGUACGCAGAAAUCAGAACCAGAAUUCCAGACACAGUCUCCUGGGAUUACCAUUUUGAGCAUGCUGGGAAUAGUCCAGUCAGUUUUACCGUCAAGUCCGCCGUCCUGAAAGAAACGAUCGACGACCUCGAAUGGCCAGGUUCCAGCAUCCAGAUUCGAAUGCAACCAGAUCCUCCAACGGUUAUACUGAAAGGCGAAGGUCAUGGCGACUUGCAGACCGAAUUCCCCUACUAUGCAAACACCGACCUCCUAAUCGUGUUCCAAUGCGAGCACGAAGUGUCACACAGGUACAAAUACAAGUUCCUCCGAGCGACCACCUCGAACAUCCCCAGCAGUGCCGUGAAGGAGAACCGCAGGACCAAGGUCUCGAUCGGGAGGGGAGGGAUGCUGAAGGUCCAGCACCUGGUGUCGCUUGCCAGGCCAGGCAUGCCGUACUUCCGUAGCAUUGGUGGAGGGAACGAGCAGACGAGCCGGAUCGCGCAUAUAGAGUUCUUCGUGAAGCCCGAAGAAGACGAUAACGGUGCCUAGCUAGCGUUUUGUGGAGUGUGUUAUCGGCAUGUUGUUUGAGUAGUUCAUGUGAAACUGAAGCCGGGUCUUGGUUUUUGAAACGGCUAGUAUCGUCUAUCAGACAGGCUGUUUCUAAUCAUGUGGAUCCUGUUACUAGGCACGCAUUAUUUUCCUAAUCAAGUGAAACGCAUGUUUGUGGCC